CCAUGGUUAUUAUCCUUCCUCUUCCUUCUCGCGUCCUCCAAUGUCGCCCGCGCAGCACUCCCUCUUGUGGACUUUGACCGCAUGGGCAAGGUAGGCCUCGCCGGCGCCUUUGCCGGCCUCGAUCUCUUCGACAACUCCUCCACGCCUGUAGCAUUUGAUUCUUCGACCUCUACCCUUCUUUCACGCUCGGCCGACGGCGCCCUGUCCCGUCUGGGCUCGACCAACUCGGGCGGAAAGAUCGAGGCCGGGUGCGCCCUCGGAAGCACAUUCUAUUUCGCGGGUUCAUUCUCCUCCAUCGGUGACGUUUCCGCGUCCAAUCUUGCAUCUUAUGAUCCCUCAUCAGCCUCGUUCUCCGCCCUCGGGAGUAACGGUCCAAAUGGAGACGUGCAUUCCUUGUUCUGUGAUGAAGCUAACAGCAAAGUAUGGGCAGGAGGUCAAUUCACCUCGCCGAGUCCCUCGGUCGCCGUCUGGGACACCAAGGCAUCAUCUUGGUCCGCUCCUCCGUUCGGUGGGCUUUCCGGUGCUGCGGCGGAAGUCCGAUCGAUCACCGCAAAUUCAUCCGCCUCGAGCCUUUUCUUCUCUGGUUCCUUCCUUACUUCCUUCCAGGGCUCCUCCUUGAACACCACGAACAAUCCUAAUGUCCCCUUUUCCUCCGGUGCUACGCCUUUUUCAUCGUCCCUCGUCCCUGUGCCUCUCCAGAAUGCGGAGGUCGAAGGUGCCCCUUCCUCGACCAACCCUCAAUUCAGUGAUAUCAAGAGCAUCCUGUGCCCUUCGGGAAGCGACGGUCCUGGGAACACAUGGUUAGCCGCUGACGGGAACAGCGCACAGAUCACAGUCCGCACAUUUCAGUCGACCAGUGCCAGCGGAAUCCGCCUCGGAAACACGUUCCUGAACGGACAGGGUACUACGGGUUUCAGUGUGACUUCUAUCCCCGAUAACACCGUCCAGCAACUUCACUACGUGGAUCCCACAACGGGCGAAAACAAGACAUGCACCGGAACAUGCCCUCUUUCCACGAAUCCGGCCGUACCCUAUCAAGAUUUUACAUUCGAUAACACCCUCACCUUGACGGGUGUCCAGGUCACUUUGUCGGAAUGGCAAGGCGCGGGUCCCGGAUUGCAUAUAUUCCAGCUUUUGUCAUCUGGAGCGUUCGCAUCAUCGAUCGAGAGCCAGAAUGUGGUGUCUUGCUUCGCUCCGGCCGCAUCGAACGCCUCGCAUACGGGUGAUUGGACGGAGAAGGACGUAAACACUAACAUCCCGGGCACAACCCAGUCCAUCCUCGUCUCCGAGGUGGAUGUCGGUACUGCCCCUGCAAAUGCCCCCAGUUUCACAUGGCAGCCCUAUGUUUCCGCGUCUGGCCAGUACGACAUCAACUUGUUCAUUCCAGGCUGCACGAAUUUCCAAGAUUGUGCUCUACGCACGUCCGUGAAGGUCGUUGUCUUCCCAGGAGGCGGUCAACAACCUUGGGUGACCACCGUCCCGCAAACGAACACGGACGAUACGACACAGCUCGUUUACCGCGGCUCUGUCGUACCGAGCUCCCCUGACUUUGUCGCCACAGUGUCGAUGACGUUGGCCGACAAUCCAGUCGGAAGUGGACAAGAUGGGAAAUACGAGCUAGUUGCGGACCGCGUGCAACUAGUAUUGACUUCUGCCAAUGCCACCGCAAACUCGAACGGCACGAACGGCGUUAAUGGCCGGAAUGGGUUCGGCUUCUUCGAGUGGCCCUUGAGCUCAUCGUCGACCGCCAACGCCACCGGAACGCUCGACAACUCGACAGAGACAAGUUUAGACAAUAUCGGGUUCGACUUGUUCAACGUCCUCGGUGGCAGCACCGGCUUGACAUCGACGACAAAGGACGAGAUUGCCGCUGUUGCUCAUCAUGCUUCUGGGACCGUCAUUCUCGGCGGCACGUUCUCCCUCUCAUCACCUAGCGCGAGCAACAUCGUUCUCUUCAAGAAUGGCGCGCUUACGGCGCUUUCCGGAGGCGGGCUGAACGGCCCGGUGACAUCUCUUGUUCUUGACGGUGACAAGCUCUUCGUGGGCGGUUCGUUCACAAACACCGCGGCAUCGACGAGUCAGGGGACUUUGAGGGGGAUCGCCAUGUAUGACGUUCAACAAGAUCAGUGGUCGGCCCUGCAAGCCGGCGUGAACGGGGCUGUCACGAGUCUCAGCUUUAGUGACGGCCAGAUUCAGGCCGCGGGCAAUUUCACGACACUGCUCUCCGCCUCGGGCAGCGACGUCGGCUCGGAGUCGGCUGGUAUCGCGGUGUGGAAUGUCAGCAGUAACGCGUGGGCCAACAGCGGCGGGUUCUUGAUCGGAAGUAUGACGUUUGUUGGGAACGGAACGGCGCCAUCCAAGGGCCAGCUGCAGUCGCAGUUUGUCGCAGGCAACGUCGUCUCCUCCCUCAAGAUCGGUGCGAGCGGGUUCGUGAUGCUGCAGAACGGGGGCAGCGAUGGCGUGCCACAGGUAACGCCCUUGGGUGUCGAGCUCGACGGCCUCCCCAGCUCGACUUCGGCGACGGCCACCCGCCGGCGGCGUGGUGCGGUGCAUGCCCGCUCGGGCGCGACCGCGUGGAUCUCGCACGUCAAGCUGCCUGCGCUGUUUUCGAGACAGAGCAGCUCCUCAUUAGCCCCGCUCCCCUCGACGCCCGCAGCCCUUGCUCCAGCAGUCCUAGCCGGCACAUUCUGGACGAACUCUAGCACCUCCGAGGAAGUGGUCAUCAUCGGCGGGAAUUUCUCGUUCACGUCGGGCACGACGCAGGCGUCCGGCGUCGCGUUGUAUAACCCGACCUCUGGCACGCUCGCGCCACUCCAGGGCGCGCAAAUCAACGGAACGGUGCGCGCGCUGCUCGUGGCUAACGGAAUGCUGUUCGUCGGAGGGGAGUUUACGCUGCCCGGGACGAGCGCGAACGGGCUGGCCGUGUACGAUUUGACGCAGCAGCAGUGGGACACGUCCAAUGUGCAGGCGCUACAGGCGAGCUCGGGGUCCUCGGUUGUGGUUCGGUCGCUUACUACGUCGAUGGCGAAGGCGAAUACGGUCAUCGUUGCGGGCUCGUUCACGCAGGCGGGGUCUUUGACAUGUCGGGCGGUCUGUUCGCUGGACACGUCUUCGAAGCAGUGGAACGUGCUCGGGAACGGCAUCCAAGGCGAGGUAACGUCUGUGUCUUACGCGGGAAGCAAUCAGGAUGUCCUUGUUGCUGCCGGUUCGAUUUCUUUGUCUGGAAACACACCGAACAAUGUGGUCGAGUUCGUUUUCGCCAAUUCGACUUGGGCUGCGCUUGGUGGUAGUUCUGACCUCCCUGGGCCUGUCACGGCCGUAGAGGUCAAUAACUUGAACGCCAGCAGCAUCUUCGCUGCAGGACGGUCCUUCGACGGGACUUCAUCGUUCUUAUACUUCUGGAACGGCGCUUCGUGGGCCUCGCUGGGAUCAACUCUCCAAGGCGCGACGAACGUGUCGCAGUUGGCUAUGGUGCCCUUGCAAGAUACCCACAGUGCGAACGGGAUCAUCGAGUCCGAUCGGAUGCUGCUCGUUUCCGGCUCGCUGUCGGACUCGUCCUUUGGAAACGCGUCGUCGGCGCUGUUCGACGGACAGACUUUCAUACCUUAUAUUAUUUCAUCUUCAUCUUCUGGAACGCCUGGAGCGAUCUCUUCACUUUUCACGUCGCUCGCAAGCUUCAGUUUCGCUCAACAUCAUUUUUUGGCGACCGGUGUGGUCAUUCUCAUUUCUAUCGCGAUUGCUGCAGGCGUCGUUUUCCUCUUGGUCUUGAUUGGUAUUCUUUGGACACUCUUCUCGCGUCGCGACGAUGCGCUGAACAAAUUCGACGUCAACGCGGUCGAAGAGGACGAUGACUCGGCGCAGCAUCGUCCCUCGUCCCUACUCGCGCACAUCACCGCUGCCACUCGCACGACGAUCACCGGCUUGCAAAACCCCUUCGACAACUUCAACUCAGAAAAGGAGGAAGAGAUGGCCACGGCGGGCGCAGCCACGUCCACCGUCGGCCACGAUCCAUUCUCAGGCCCCGACGCGAGCAACUACAUCCGUGCGGAGACGCCCUCGGACGCCAUCGCUGGCAUGGGGGGCGAGGAAGACGCGGGGAGGCCUGCGCACGCCCGGUACUCGUUUGAUGGCGCGGGCGAGGGCGAACUUCCUUUGUCGGAAGGCCAGGACCUCGAGAUCUUGGACGAUCGCGACCACUCAUGGUGGUACGCAAGGGACCCGCGAUCGGGGGCGGAGGGGGUUGUUCCAGCAGCUUAUUUGUAUUAGAAUCUACCAUGUCCCCUCUCCUACUCUCCGUGAACGCUUCCAGUUGAACUUCCGCUUCCCUCCUCGACGUUUUUCCCCUGAGUCUUUCUUGGUCGUCGCAUUGUUUUGAUCUCGCGUAACGAUACCCCCCCUCGGAUGAGCAAAGAUCGACCUCUCGGUCGUUCGCUACCUUACUUGGUCUACUUGAAUUCGGUGUCAAACGUAAUGUGUUCGUUAUGCUUUUUUUGUCGUCACCCUCCCACUCCGCAUCGUUACAUUACCUAGUCCGUGCGUAUGACAUUCUUUUGGUACCCUAGUAUAUCCAAUGUGUAGCGCUUCUUGUCGAUCGGGAUGAUGAAUGACAAUCAUGCAUAUGGAUUG